AUGGGCUCUGUUGCGGCGCUCACAUUCAGCAUCGGAAAUUCGACUGUCACACUGCCGCUUGCACGAACAACAUUUCAUAAUAACAGGGCCUCUACCCUCUUGAUCAGCCGUUACACCCUUGCACGAGGCCAGCCAGAGCUCAAAGAUAGAAACAAGGAACAGUGGCAGAACAUCCGCAUUACGCUAAAUCAGCCUGUGCGGUCGGUUACUGAACUUGAGCUUUGGGCACCCCUGUCACCGGUCACCCGAGCUCGAAAAAUAACAGAAAGCUUCGGCAACAUCGUACGAGGUAUUGAGAUUAGUGGCAAAUCAAUGCCGGCCUCAACAGAGUUGGAGGACGCGGUAAAUACCAUUCUAGGAAAUGGAAAAGCAACCGAAAGCUAUCAAGCGCCAAGAGGGCUAUGGGCUGUGGUGUCCCCCGAAGCAUCGGAGGCGGAGGCACUCGUCCUGGCAGAUGCUCCCAAUCCAGCAGUUUCUCUUGAGGAUACAAUGGCGCAACAGAAAGCUUUGGAGACAACAGCAAGGUACCUCCAACAACAACACCAACUGGGCAGCCGAAUCUACCAAGUUUUGAGCGGUGGCGGUGGUUGGGGUCCCAAGAAAGGUCUCCUGUCUCUUGAUCCUCAACAGACACAUUUUGCCCUCUCAGAAGAAGAGGAGAUGGAACGGUUCAUGAGAACCAUGGACCAUUCAGGAUUCGCGCCUCCAGGUGCUCAUAUACAAUUCUUCAUCCCCGCGAUGGCUCCUCCAAAAAUAACCGCCUCCACUGCAACAGGUAUCGUAUUUGGAGUUCCAUUGGACAUAGAAACAUCAGGAGAGGCUGGGGCUGCACCAAAAGGGUACUUGGUUGCCAACCACUUUGGGGCUUUAUCGAGUCAGGGAAUCUACCUUUCUGGCCGGGCAGGCGCCGACUCACCUUCUUGCUACAAGUCCAAGAUUAGUGUUCCAGGCUGUAGAGCAUUCGUCGGGAAUCCCGAGGCCAAGCCCGGCGGCUUCUUCAAGUUCUUUGGUGCUGGAGGUCUUGCUGAUGCUGGAACAAUAGCGUUGAUGUAA